AUGGCGGACGAGAAGCUCGCCAAGCUGCGCCAGGCCGUCGCCGGCCUCGGCCAGAUCAGCGACAAGGAGAAGUCCGGGUUCAUCAGCCUCGUCUCCCGCUACCUCAGCGGCAACGAGGAGCAAAUCGAGUGGGGCAAGAUCCACACGCCGACCGACGAGGUGGUGGUGCCAUACGACACCCUAGCGGCCCCGCCGGAAGACCUGGCGGCGACCAAGGCGCUGCUCGACAAGCUCGCCGUGCUCAAGCUCAACGGCGGCCUGGGGACCACCAUGGGGUGCACAGGCCCAAAGUCGGUCAUCGAGGUGCGAAACGGGUUCACCUUCCUCGACCUGAUCGUGGUCCAGAUCGAGUCCCUGAACAAGAAGUAUGGCAGCAACGUGCCGCUGCUCCUGAUGAACUCCUUCAACACCCAUGACGACACCUUGAAGAUUGUCGAGAAAUACGCCAAUUCAAACAUCCAAAUCCAUACGUUCAACCAGAGCCAGUAUCCUCGUGUCGUGGCCGACGAGUUCUUGCCGUGGCCUUCCAAGGGGAAGACUGACAAGGAUGGCUGGUACCCUCCUGGCCAUGGUGACAUCUUCCCAUCCCUGAUGAACAGCGGCAAGCUCGAUUUACUACUCUCACAGGGAAAAGAAUACGUUUUCAUCGCAAACUCAGAUAACUUGGGCGCUAUCGUUGACAUGAAGAUACUGAACCACUUGAUCCACAAGCAGAAUGAAUACUGCAUGGAGGUUACCCCGAAAACUUUGGCCGAUGUGAAAGGUGGCACACUGAUCUCAUAUGAAGGGAGGGUUCAGCUUCUGGAGAUUGCACAGGUUCCUGAUGCACAUGUCAAUGAGUUCAAGUCAAUUGAGAAAUUCAAGAUCUUCAACACCAACAAUCUAUGGGUGAGCUUGAAGGCUAUCAAACGCCUUGUCGAGGCUGAUGCACUCAAGAUGGAGAUCAUUCCAAACCCGAAGGAAGUUGAGGGCGUGAAAGUCCUUCAGUUGGAAACUGCAGCUGGAGCCGCGAUCAGGUUCUUUGACCACGCAAUCGGCAUGAAUGUUCCGAGGUCCCGGUUCCUACCGGUGAAGGCAACAUCAGACUUGCAGCUAGUACAGUCUGAUCUGUAUACCCUGGUUGAUGGCUUCGUUACACGUAAUGCAGCUAGAACAAAUCCAUCAAAUCCCUCAAUUGAACUUGGCCCUGAGUUCAAGAAGGUUGGGUGCUUCCUUGGCCGCUUCAAGUCGAUUCCUAGCAUUGUUGAGCUCGACAGCUUGAAGGUUUCCGGUGAUGUUUGGUUUGGUUCUGGCAUCGUGCUGAAGGGUAAGGUGACCAUCACAGCAAAACCUGGUGUUAAGCUGGAAAUCCCAGAUGGAAAAGUGAUUGAGAACAAGGACAUCAACGGCCCUGAGGACCUUUAAAUGAGCAUCAGAACAUGCUGACAUCACAAUGGCAGAUCAAUUUUACUAUAUAGAAUCUGCUAUGAGUCAUACAUGCACCAUGACAUUGUGGUGAAUAUCUGUGAUACAGUUUGCUUCAACAUAAAUACAUUGAAGUGAACAUUUCUACCUA